ACUGUCCCAUUAUCUUCUUCACUUUUACAGCUUACAACACAUGGCCUUCUCCGCCCACCGACUUAACCUUCCAUCUUCUCUUUCUUCUCUAAUGACUCACCCUCACUCUAUGAUGCUUCACAAUCCCCUCUUUUUUGCUUAAAAGGAUAUACAUAAACUUUAGAGCUGAUGGGUGGCAUAACAUCAAAACGAUCGACCAAAGCACAAUCGUCAUCUGUAGCGUCUAAUUCUUAUUCAUGGGAUCCUCAUAGAUACGCACAGCCAUCAUAUGGUUCCUCAGGCCGAGACUAUGGUUCGGAGCCGCAUUAUGCCCCUCCACCUCAAAGCUAUGGUGGUCAUGCACCUGAGUCAAAGAGGAGGUUGGAUAGAAAAUAUUCGAAGAUAGAUGAUGACUACAAUAGCUUGGAGCAGGUCACUGAUGCCCUGGCCCGUGCUGGCUUGGAGUCUUCUAAUCUUAUUGUUGGUAUUGAUUUCACAAAGAGCAAUGAGUGGACAGGUGCAAGAUCAUUCCACCGAAGAAGUCUACACCAGAUUGGAGAUGAGCUAAAUCCAUACGAACAAGCAAUAUCCAUUAUCGGAAAAACCUUGUCUUCCUUUGAUGAGGAUAAUUUAAUUCCUUGCUUUGGAUUCGGAGAUGCAUCAACACAUGAUCAAGAAGUGUUCAGCUUCUAUCCAGAUGAGAUGUUCUGUAACGGAUUCGAAGAAGUGUUGAGACGAUACCGAGAAUUGGUGCCUAAUCUGAGAUUAGCAGGACCAACAUCAUUUGCUCCCAUCAUUGAAAUGGCGAUCACCAUUGUCGAGCAAAGUGGCGGGCAGUACCAUGUGUUACUGAUAAUAGCUGAUGGGCAGGUGACUAGAAGUGUCGAUACGGAGCGAGGCCAACUAAGCCCCCAAGAAAUGAAAACAGUCGACGCGAUCGUGAAAGCAAGUGAGUAUCCUUUGUCAAUUAUUUUAGUCGGAGUUGGAGAUGGACCUUGGGACAUGAUGAGAGAAUUUGACGACAACAUUCCUGCCCGUGCCUUUGAUAAUUUCCAGUUUGUGAAUUUUACGGAAAUAAUGUCGAAGAAUAUGGAUAGGUCCCGAAAAGAGGCAGAGUUUGCUCUUUCGGCGUUGAUGGAAAUUCCGGCUCAGUACAAAGCAACGCUAGAGCUCAACAUAUUGGGUAAUACAGGGGGGAAGGCUAUUGAUAGGGUUCCUCUUCCCCCUCCUCUUUAUGGUGCGGGUUCCUUUAGCCAGUCGAAACCCUCUAGGUCAAGCAGUUUUCAUCCGAGUGCACCUUCUUCCACCAUACAAGAGGCACCAAUCCGAACAGCUCCUCCUUCAAGUUCUGCUUCAGAUAAUCACGUUUGCCCUAUUUGUCUUUGCAAUGCAAAAGAUAUGGCCUUUGGUUGUGGACAUCAGACCUGCUGUGAGUGCGGACAAGACCUUCAGUUGUGUCCCAUCUGCCGGAGCACCAUCAACACCAGAAUAAAACUUUAUUAAG